AAUUGAUGAUGGAUGACCAAAAUGGAUGUGUCCGUUUUUGCGUGUAGACAUUGACGACAGAGCACAUACCUUAUGUAAUGCAGGCAGUCUCUUACGCGAGAGUUUACGCUCCUCGUCGGCAUUCGAGAAGUUUUUCGAGGAGGAGGACAUUGCAGCUUGCAGUCUGCAAGCUUCUGCCUUACGGCAGAGUCUCUCAAGCAGCAACAUCAGCAAACGAGAUGGCUCCAUUGAAAUCGACCCUAUUGCCUGAAGAGGCCGAUUCAAGCGUGCGCACGCCUGGAGUUGAGACGAUGCGCUGUCGAUAUUGUCUUAACCACCUUCAGUUUGGUCAAAGGCGCUUACUACUGCUGUACCAGUACAUAACUACUUGUGAAUUUAUUGUGAGCAUCAUAAACCGUUAUCUAACAUGCCUUUCGCGAGGCGACUAAACCUCUUUCAGAGUAGCUGAUUGAAAAUUAUCAUUUGCUCGUCAUGCAUGAUACAUGUUCUUGGAUCACUAACCAUUUAACCGGAAUCGUUUCCACGCUAAAACUGAAAUGAGCACUGGAUGGCUGAAGUGCAGUCAGUGCAUGUGCAG